AUGAGUUCUUACUUCGUAAACUCGUCGUCGUUCCCGGUGUCGGUGCCGGGGGCGGGCGGAGGGGCGCAGGCGGCAGCCGCGGACUCAUUCCUGGGUCAGAUCCCGCUCUACUCCUCCGGGUACGCGGCGGACGCGCUGCGGCACUACCCCGGGGCGGUGCAGUACGGAGGCGCCCAGGACAAGUACUCAGCCUCCGCCUACUACCAGCAGAGCGGGCCGUACGGUCACCGGGCCCCGGGGGGAGCUGUGGGGGUCGGGGCCACGAGCGCAGCCACCGCCUGCGACUACGCCACAGCUGCAGCCGCGGCAGCAGCGGCGGCUGCGGGCUUCUACCGGGACAAGGAGGCGUGCAGCCUGGAGGAGCAGCUGCUGCAGGACGGAGUGCACCGGAAAGAGUGUGGACUCAGCUCCAAAGGACUGUUCGAGCUGGAGGAGAAGCCCGGGGCGUCCGCGCCCAUCUACCCGUGGAUGCAGCGGAUGAACUCGUGUAACGGCACCUUCGGCAGCCCGGGCCGACGCGGGAGGCAGACGUACACGCGGUACCAGACGCUGGAGCUGGAGAAGGAGUUCCACUUCAACCGGUACCUGACGCGGCGGCGGCGCAUCGAGAUCGCACACGCGCUCUGCCUCACGGAGCGACAAAUCAAGAUCUGGUUCCAAAACCGACGCAUGAAGUGGAAGAAGGAGAACAAACUGAUCAACUCCAGCACGAGCGCGGACGGAGAGGACACAGAAGACAAACGGACGGAGUGA